UAUUCGAGAAGGAUCGAAUCAUAACAGAAGAACAAUUAAUUCGUGGGAGAGUUCGAGGUUGAAGAUUAUCGAGAUUUUUUAAUUCUGCCCGAGUUAUUCUUAGUCAAUUUCAUUUGGCCUUUUAGUACGUAGUCAGCUUUCCCCUUAAAAUCUUUCAAAAAAUCCUAAACCAUGAAAAAUGGUUGGAUGAUGGCUCGGUUCGUAUUAAGACUAGUUUAGUUCGGUUUGGUUUCACAGCCAAAAUCCAAAAUCAAAAGAAAGAACACGAGAAAACCACCUUUGUACACUGGGGAUGUAGCUGGGGCGUAAGAAAAGAAGCUACAUUAAUAAAACUUAAGAGAGACAGAGAGUGUUACAGUACUAGUUUCUCAAUUGAUCUGAAGUUCUUCUGAAUAUGUUCUUUCAUUGCAAACCCGAUACACCUCAACUUUAUUAACCCCCAAAUUCGACACUUGAUAGGGAUUCAUUGCCUGAAUUUAAACAGCAACCCUAGAUCAAUUUUGUUUACGUAUUUAGUUAUGGGAAAACACUCAGUUGGAUUUAAUUCACCGAAGAAAAGAUAUCUAUUGAUAUUUCUACUUAUAUUCUCAAUCUCAUCUGUAAUGAUUUUCAUUAUUAGGCCAUCAAACGGUUUUUGUGAUCCCCAUGGUCAUUACAGUGUCAGUAAUGAUGAUGGUCUGAUUCAAGUAAAUACUGGAAAUGCAGAAGUUGAGAGAAAUCCAUUGGAUUUCAUGAAAUCUAAACUUGUUCUUUUGGUUUCUCAUGAGCUCUCUUUAUCUGGUGGACCGUUGCUAUUGAUGGAGCUGGCAUUUUUGUUGACAAGUGUUGGUUCAAAAGUUGUUUGGAUUACCAGCCAAAAACCAACGGUAGAAGAUCAACAAAUGCAUAGUUUGGAACAUAAGAUGCUGGGUCGAGGAGUUCAGGUCCUUCCAGCAAAGGGACAAGAAGCCAUAGAUACAGCACUUAAAGCUGAUUUGGUUGUUUUAAACACUGCGGUUGCUGGGAAAUGGCUGGAUGCUGUACUUAAGAAUGAUGUUUCUCGUGUACUGCCGAAGAUUUUGUGGUGGAUUCAUGAAAUGCGAGGCCACUAUUUCAGUGUGGAGUAUGUUAAGCACCUCCCCUUUGUUGCAGGUGCUAUGAUUGAUUCACAUACAACGGCUGAAUAUUGGAAAAAUAGGACUCGAGAGCGUUUGGGGAUUAAGAUGCCCCGGACGUAUGUUGUUCAUCUUGGAAAUAGCAAAGAGCUAAUGGAAGUAGCUGAAGAUAGUGUGGCUAGAAGGGUUUUACGUGAGCAUAUACGGGAAAGUCUAGGAGUGCGGAAUGAAGAUGUACUCUUUGCUGUUAUCAAUAGUGUUUCACGUGGAAAAGGUCAAGAUCUGUUUCUCCGUGCUUUCCACGAAAGUCUACACAUAAUCCAGGAUGAGAAGCUACAAGUGCCAGUGAUGCAUGCUGUAAUAGUCGGAAGUGACAUGAAUGCCCAAACUAAGUUUGAAACGGAACUUCGUAAGUUCGUGAGAGAUAAGGGGAUUCAGGAUCAUGUGCACUUUGUCAAUAAAACCCUCGCUGUAGCUCCGUACUUAGCUGCACUUGAUGUACUUGUGCAGAACUCUCAGGCCAGGGGUGAAUGCUUUGGGAGGAUAACUAUUGAGGCUAUGGCAUUUCAGCUGCCAGUAUUGGGAACGGCAGCGGGAGGUACAACGGAAAUUGUGGUUGAUGGAUCAACAGGUUGGUUGCAUCCUGUUGGGAAAGAGGGUAUCUUACCUCUUGCAAAGAACAUCGUGAAACUUGCAGCAAACCCUGAGAUGAGGUCAACAAUGGGAAAGAAAGGGUAUGGAAGGGUGAAAGAGACGUUUAUGGAGCGAGAUAUGGCGAAUAGAAUAGCUUCAGUUCUUAAAGAAGUCUUGCAGAAUAAGGGCAAAAGUAACAGACUGCGGUUUUAAAUAACUAGCAAGAAUUCUUUAGGGUAAAUCUAGUACCCACAGUUUACGGAAAUUAUUAGUUUGUAAUUCGUGAUGCAAUCUUGCUUGUACCUCUGAAAUCUAUGUUAUAUUGUAUCAUUUCAAGAUCGUGUUCAGAACUUCAGAUACCAAUGGAGCAAAUACUUCUGCA